AUGAGGUCACGCUGGACUGAAAGAAGCACGGCACCGGUCGACCCGCAACCGAUCGAUCUAUCCGACGAAGAGCUCGAUCCCGUCCCCACAGGCUCUCGCAGACACACUACCGACCAGCCGCGCUACUCUUCCUACGAGCCGUGCGAGAGGAAGAGAUGCACGCACGAGCACCAGACAGCAGGACAGUCGGAGACACAAGCAGACGCUGACCUUCUGUUCCGGCGAUCAUCCUCUGUACCACGCCCGACCACCAACGACGAUUAUCUGGCGAUGCCAUCGAGCACUGCAGCUGACGACUACGCGCCACACACCACCGCGCCCAACUUCACAGAGAUGCACUCGAGCCCCACUGAGCACCACGUCCCACACUCGACCGAACAAGCCGGCUCCUCCACCAUUCCACCAUACACGUAG